AUGGCCACGAUCAAACAAAUCGAUGGCCGCAGCGUCCAUCAAAUCCAAUCCGGCCAGGUCAUUGUCGACCUAUGUUCUGUAGUUAAAGAGCUGGUCGAGAACAGCGUUGACUCUGGGGCAACGAUCAUAGGUUGUGAAGACGUUCGUUUCAAAAACCAAGGACUCGAUUCAAUUGAGGUUCAAGACAAUGGAUCCGGGAUCUCGCCUGCAAAUUAUAGCUCUGUCGCUCUCAAGCACUACACAUCAAAGCUCUCGUCCUACUCUGACAUAGAGUCAUUACGAACUUUUGGCUUUCGUGGAGAGGCUUUGGCAUCCUUAUGUGCCUUGUCGAUUCUAACCGUGACGACGUGCCUAGAACAAGAAGCUCCCAAAGGUUCCAAACUAACCUUUCACCCGUCAGGAGAACUGGAUAGCACAACCGUCGUUGCAGCCCAGCGAGGGACAACUGUCGCAGUGGAAAACUUAUUCCACAAUUUGCCUGUCCGACGCCGAGAACUUGACCGUAAUAUCAAGAGGGAAUGGCACAAGGUUAUAACUCUACUUAAUCAGUAUGCGUGCAUCCUGACGAACGUGAAAUUCUCCGUAUCACAACAACCUACAAAAGGGAAACGAAUAUUACUCUUUUCCACGAAAGGCAACGCGACUACUCGUGAGAACAUUAUCAAUAUCUUUGGCGCAAAAGGUCUGGCAGCGUUGAUACCUCUCGAUCUUCACUUAGAACUCAAGCCCUCGGGUACUCACUCUGAUGUACGAACUGGCGAGAAAUCGGCUUCUAAUAGUCAUGAUGUUCGCAUCGUUGGUCAUGUCUCAAAACCUGCUCAUGGAGAGGGUAGACAGACCCCCGAUCGACAAAUGUUUUUUGUUAAUGGUCGACCCUGCUCACUGCCCCAAUUGGCCAAAGCCUUCAACGAAGUUUAUCGAUCAUAUAAUAACUCACAGUCGCCUUUCAUUUUCGCCGAUGUCCAACUAGAUACAAUGCUGUACGACGUGAACGUCAGCCCCGAUAAGCGGUCCAUUCUACUGCAUGACCAAAGCAACCUCCUGGAUACUCUUCGUACCUCCUUGUCUGAGUUGUUUAAUACCCAUGAAGACAGUAUAUCGAUUGCGACAUCGACUCAGAAUGUGAAACUGCAAGCUUAUCAUGGUAAAGGUACUAAGCCGGGACAACUCCCUCGAUUUUUCGACAGGUCACCGUCUACAGCUCAUACUACCACCCAGGUAGAAGACAACCUCAGUUACGAAGAUAAGGACAUCAGCCCCACGAGAGACAGCGAAGUGUCAGAGUCGGAUGAUGGAUUUUCUCCGGCAUCGCAACUGAUGAAGACGAGGUCGCAACGUAAUGAGAAGGACAAACUGCAUCUAAAUGACGAUGCCGAAUCAGUGAUAAGGAGAGGCAUACCAUCUUCUCCAGAGAAACCCGCCCCAGAAACUCCUCGUUUGAAAACCAUAUUGGUGAACCACUCCCCUCUACGUGAGGAGUCAUCGGCCACUUCGAGUGUCAAUGCCGCCUUAAGCCAACAUCAGACUUCGCAUGAUCCUGAUUUCAACGUCCAUGCACAAGUUUCCGGCUCUUCCAGUCCUGUUACCCCCGAUAUUUGCGUAGAGGAUGCCGGCGUCAAAGAUCUUCGGGAGGUAGUAACUCCUUUAAGAGACGUAAACAGCCCAGCCAAAGCUACAGAUGUAGAGGAUGAAUCCAAAUCUCUCGCAUCGGAAAUGCUGCGUCCCAUAUCGCCACAACAAGGCGAAGCAAAGAAACUCGUUCGUCCGGAAAUAUAUGAAUCAGAUAGCGAGCCUGACGUUCAACGACCUACACGGAUACAGCGGAAUGCUAGAACCAUCAACAAUGAUGCUUCUUCUUCUUCUUCUUCUUCCAGGCAAUCUCAACAUGAUGAACAGUCUCUGGAGAUAGAGCCCGAUAUUCAGCAAGCCAAACCUACACUUUUACCAACAGGCGGCAGUCCUCCGAUCAUAAGCGACAAUACAGGAACUCUUCUCGCAGAGUCCAGAAUACAGCCCCCGAAACCCAUGCGACGAAAGGAUAUUACGGCAUGUUAUAUACAAAGCUUACAUGUAGAAACGAGAAAGCUCCGACUACUGCAUAAUAGGCGUCCUCGUCCUCAUACUUCUCAGUCUAAUUCUUCAGCGCACAACGCCUCUUCUGUGGAGCCAAUCGAUGCCAGCGAUGCAGAAUCUAGACUCCCUCUUAUCAUUUCAAAGGGUGAUUUUUCCAAAAUGAGGAUUAUCGGCCAGUUCAAUCUUGGAUUUAUCAUAGCCGUUAAGCCUGCCGGUCGUCUGGGCUCCGAAGGAGAGGGAAAGCAUGAUGAACUUUUUAUCAUUGACCAGCACGCAUCUGAUGAGAAAUACAAUUACGAAAGGCUCCAAAAUACCACUGAGAUCCAAUCACAGCGCCUUGUGCAUCCCAAGAGACUUCAACUGACAGCUCUUGAAGAGGAGAUAAUACUGGAGAAUUCAGCCGCUUUAAAUGCGAAUGGUUUUAAAGUAGACAUCGAUACAACAGGGCGUUUCGCUGUGGGAUCGCGAUGCCAGUUGACUUCGUUACCCCUCAGCCGCGAAGUCACAUUCAAACUAGAAGAUUUGGAGGAAUUGAUAUCUCUUUUAGGCGACAAAUCGACCGAGUCCUCGUAUAUCCCUCGCCCUUCGAAGGUUCAAAAGAUGUUCGCGAUGAGGGCAUGUCGAAGCAGCAUUAUGAUUGGUAAAGCCAUGACGAGAAGCCAGAUGUAUUCACUUGUUAACCACAUGGGAGAGCUGGACAAGCCCUGGAAUUGCCCUCAUGGACGCCCGACAAUACGACACUUGAGUCGACUGCAGGCAUGGAGUGGAGGAAGAUGGGAGCUCGAUUUGCCAACUGAUUCAAUUACAACCUGGAACGACUAUGCAAGAGAAGCAAGCUGA